AUCCCAGUGCAGGUGGAUACGGCCAUGGGUCUGCGACGCGUGAGGACUGCCGAGAAGUACGGGGAGAGCUACCUCUGCCUACUGCAGCAGGUCUUCGUCGCAGGAAAUGAGCUGCUUCUCAGUGUAAAGGACAUCAGUCGUUUCUUAAUGCAAGACAUCGCCUUUUUGUCUGGUGGGCGGGGAAAGGAUAAUGCUUGGAUUAUUACCUUUCCAGAAAACUGUAAUUUCAGAUGCAUACCAGAGAAUGUACUAGCAAAAGUACUCACUUACCUGACAUCUAUUGCAAGGCAAUAUGGAUCUGACUCCCGGUUCACCAUUAUUCUGGACCGAAGAUUGGAUACAUGGUCUUCUCUUAAAAUCUCUCUCCAAAAAAUCUCAGCUUCCUUCCCUGGGAACUUGCACUUGGUUUUGGUUUUACGUCCUACCAGUUUUCUUCAACGAACUUUCACAGACAUUGGAUUUCGAUUUAGUCAGGAGGAUUUCAUGCUGAAAUUACCAGUUGUUAUGCUGAACUCAGUUAGUGAUUUGCUGGCAUACAUUGAUGACAAGCAGUUAACCCCUGAGUUAGGCGGCACCUUGCAGUACUACCAGAGUGAAUGGAUCGUCUUCAGAAAUGCUGUAGAAAAUUUUGCCCUCACAGUGAAAGAGAUGGCUCAGAUGUUACAGGCCUUUGGAACUGAACUGGCUGAGACUGAACUACCAAAUGAUAUUCCUGCAGUAGAAAAAAUUCUGGCAAUUCGUGCUGAAAGGUAUCGUUUGUUGAAGAAUGAUAUUACAGCUGUAACCAAAGAAGGAAGACUUCUGCUAACAAAUUUGGAAGUGCCUGAAACUGCAGAAGCUGUCAGUUCAAGACUAGAAUGUCAUAAGCAAAUAAAUGGUGACUGGCGAACUGUUCAUAAAUUGCUGAGUCAAGUACGUGAUAUGGAAACAGCUUUUGAUGGAUUUUGGGAAAAACACCAAUUAAAAAUGGAGCAGUAUCUACAACUGUGGAAGUUUGAGCAGGAUUUUCAAGAGCUUGUGGCUGAAGUUGAACAUGUAUUAAACGAACAAGCAGAGCUGGCUGAUGUAACAGGGAAUAUAGUUCAAGUAAAACAAAAAAUAAAAAAGUUGGAAAACUUAGAUGAAAAUUCUCGGGAUGUAUUAGCAAAGGUCCAGUUUGUGAUAUUACAUGGACACAGGCUUGCAGCAAAUCACCAUUAUGCACUUGAUUUAAUCUGCCAAAGGUGCAAUAAGCUACGUUACCUUUCUGAUAUUUUGCUUAAUGAGGUAAAGGCAAAACGGAUACAGCUCAGCAGGACCUUCAAAAUGCACAAACUCUUACAGCAGGCUCGUCAGUGCUGUGAUGAAGGGGAAUGUCUUCUAGCUAAUCAGGAAAUAGAUAAGUUUCAGUCUAAAGAAGAUGCUCAGAAAGCCCUUGAAGACAUCAAAAAUUUUCUUGAAAUGGCUCUGCCCUUUAUAAAUUAUGAUCCUGUAAGCCUACAGUAUGAAUUUGAUGUAAUUUUAUCUCCUGAACUCAAGGUUCAAAUGCAGAUGGUACAACUCAAACUGGAAAACAUUCGAAGGAUAUUUGAGAACCAGCAGGCUGGUUUCAGGAACCUGACUGAUAAGCAUGUGAGGCCGAUCCAAUUCGUGGUGCCCGCACCUGAAAAUUUUAUCGAAUCUAGAGCACGGUUUUUUCCAUCUAGACCUGAGAAGAAGACUUGGAGACAAAAUCAGAGCAACUUAAAAAUUGAAGUGGCACAUGAUUGUUGGGAGAAGAGAAGUUCUGGUCAAUCCUCCAGUUUGGACAAUGACAAUAGCUUGGAUGCAUUAAAGAAUCACGUCCUGAAUGAGCUGAUACAGACUGAGAGGGUGUACGUUCGAGAGCUGUUUACUGUUUUGUUGGGCUAUAGAGCAGAGAUGGAUAAUCCAGAGAUGUUUGAUCUUAUGCCUCCUCUUCUGAGAAAGAAAAAGGACAUUCUCUUUGGAAAUAUGGCAGAAAUAUAUGAAUUCCAUAGCAGCAUUUUCAUGGGCAGCCUGGAAAAUUGCACUGACGCUCCAGAAAGAGUGGGACCUUGUUUCCUGGAAAGGAAGGAUGAUUUUCAGAUGUAUGCAAAAUAUUGUCAGAAUAAGCCCAUAUCAGAGGCAAUUUGGAAGAAGUAUUCAGAGUGCGCCUUUUUCCAGGAAUGUCAAAGAAAAUUAAAACACAGACUUGGUCUGGAUUCCUAUUUACUCAAACCAGUGCAACGAAUUACUAAGUAUCAGUUACUGUUGAAGGAGCUGUUAAAAUAUAGCAAAGACUGUGAAGGAUCUGCUCAGUUAAAGGAGGCACUUGACUCCAUGCUGGAUUUACUGAAGUCAGUUAAUGACUCCAUGCAUCAGAAUGCAAUAAAUGGCUAUAUUGGAAACUUAAACGAGCUGGGUAGGAUGAUAAUACAAGGUGGAUUCAGUGUUUGGAUAGGACACAAGAAAGGUGCUACAAAAAUGAAGGAUUUUGCUCGAUUCAAACCAAUGCAGCGACACCUUUUCUUGUAUGAAAAAGCCAUUGUUUUUUGUAAAAGGCGUUUGGAAAGCGGAGGAGGCGCUGAUAGAUACCCAUCAUACAGUUUUAAGCACUGUUUGAAGAUGGAUGAAGUUGGAACCACUGAAUAUGUAAAAGGUGAUAAUCGCAAGUUUGAAAUCUGGUACGGUGGGAAGGAAGAAGUUUAUAUUGUCCAGGCUCCAAAUGUAGAUGUGAAGAUGUUAUGGUUAAAAGAAAUAAGAAAUAUUCUGUCGAAGCAACAGGAACUUAUGACAGUUAAAAAACGAAAGCAACAGAAUCAGUUAACAGAACAGGGUCAACUUUCUCCUCAGCAGAACGAAGAAGGUCCGUGUUGGAGAUGCCUCUUCUAUCUUGAUGAAGCUACUAUGUCACAUGGCAAGUAG